CAAACUUGAGCAACUUGUCAUAAGCGUCGCGCUAAUGUGUUAGAAAAAGAAAGUUAAGUUGAUUUUGUUGGCAUCCAUGAUUAUUUACAAUGUUUUAACCUCAAAAAUAAUCUGAAUUUGUUGACGUUUAAACACGUGUGAAAAAUGACAAAAAUUAAUACUAAAGCAAGUAGGGUACAAAAAACUAGUGAAUCUACAAAAAAGAAGUCAAAAGAGCCUGACGUAAUUCGAGGCAAACCCAAGUCGGGGCGUUUUUGGAAGAACGAGAAAAAGAAAUUUUCAUCUAUAAUCAAAACUAGAGGAAUCCGCAGUUCAUUUGAAAAGAAACAAGUCUUGAGACAAGAACUUAAAAGGAUAAAAGACGCAAGUCGCGCGAUCAAAGCUGCAAAAGACGAAGAGAAAGAACAGAAGAAGCAACGCCGGCGAGAAAACCUGAAACGCCAAGAAGAAAACCGCAAAAAGUCCGAAAUAGUCCAAGUCAUAACAAACACGAGUAAGAUUAAGAAAAUGAAGAAGAAACAAUUGAGGUAUAUUGAAAAACGAGACACUGUUAAAAUGUGAUUUAAUUAAAUGUCUACAUGCGGAAAA